CUCCUCCACCGAUGAGCAAUAUGACGUCAUCCCAACAAAAUAAUUUACAUUCGGUUGAAGUUCCAACAUAUGCGUCAUCAACGUGUUCUAUGUCCACGGCUUCAUCUGCAGCGGCGCCACACCGUCCCGUAGAAAACCUGAUAUCACCCGACGGGGGAUAUAUCAGUUCCGAAAUUCUAUCACCCCAACAUCAGCAACCAUCUUCACUCCCGACACGACCCCUUCCGACAAAUAGGUAUCCACAACAAAAUCAAACAAAGGGACCGGUUUCUGCUCUUCAAAAACAGAAUUAUCGAUCGAAUUCGCUACAGCGAACUCGCUCACAAAGAAUGCAGCAAAUGCAACAAUAUGAAGAAUAUCAACGUCAGAGGUCGCGGACGCCUAACCCAUUCCCAACGCCGAUGCAAUUUGAUAAACCUGGGUACGUACAGCCCCAAGCGGAAUACGUCAACCAACAAUAUGACGCAUACGGUGCGCAAUAUAACUAUCAACAAGCAUAUCAAGACCCAUAUGGAAAUAAGAAUCCACAAACUUAUGCGCCGGCACCCCUACAACCAUACCAGACUCAACAAUUUGCUGAAGCGCCAUAUCAAUCUCAAAUGCAAUAUCAACAAUACGGACCAACGCCGGAUCAGAUGUUAUAUCAGGUUCAGCAGCAACAACAGCCGCAGCAAAAGCAACAACAAUCUACGAAAAAUCCCACCAGACAACUACGACGUCCAACAACCUUUUCACAUAAACAAAAUCACCCGUCUUCACCUCCAUACCAAGAUCCAUCCCAAGGUAUGUCGACAUCAUAUUCUCCUUCUCCACUGGGUAACCCGACAAAUGAUGACGUCAUGAGAAGGCGUCAGUCGGGGAAACAACAACAACAACCACAACAACAAAGCAAUGACAAAAGUCAACGAUUGAAGGACCAAUAUAGCAAGCUACAACAAAUGCAAAGAAAGAACAAAAUUAAUCAAGUUAAAAGACCGCCAUCAUCAAGAUCUCAAAUCGCGUCUCCGUCCCUUGUCAACAAUCCCGCCAAGUCGUCGGAUGUUUGAUCCAUCGAAAAUUUCUGCCAGUUUGUUUCUUAUAUAGUAAACAAAUUGGGCAACAACGAUAACAGCACCGAAGCAAAGUUUGCGGGACAAGGCGAUUGGAGAAGCGAGUAAACGCCGGUCAAAACUUGCUAGGAUGGAAUAGUUUGAUUGAUAAUUUAGAAUGAUGGAAAUGGAUACCAAAUUAAUCGAAUGUUUUAUCAUCAAUUUCGAAGAUAAUUUAGUGUGUGCACAAGGAACGUGAUACCUAUUUGAAAUGAAUGUUUGAGAUUGCAAAAAUGGUUUGAGAAUGAAUAUAUAUUAAUUACAUCGAUUAAUUCGAGUCAUUUUGCAUCUUUGCAAAGUCACGGAAAUGUCGAGUUGUCGAAAACCUGUUUUUCCACUGUUUUACGCUGCUAUUAUAGGCUAUGUACUAGAAAACUAUGUUCGCUGGACGAUUAUUAUUCUUAUUAUUAGAUGCAUAAUAGAAUAUAACGUUAUUGUAUUUUGAAUAAUACUAUUAUUAGUCUUUAGGAGUAAGUUUCCUUUUCAUUUUUUUCUCGUGCUAUAUUUUUAGAAUUCAAUAAAUUGUCUUAAAAGUGA